AUGGCAGACCCUGUACCGGUUCCCUUCCAGGUGAUCCUGUCCGAGCUGAGCCCGGCAGGUGAGGUGCCCUUUUUCGAGACCUGGAUGCUGACCUGCAUGCCCGAGGAGGGGAAGAUCCUCAACCCCGACCACCCCUGCUUCCGCCCCGACUCCACCAAGGUGGAGUCCUUGGUCGCCCUCCUCAACAACUCCUCUGAGAUGAAGCUGGUACAGAUGAAGUGGCAUGAGGCAUGUCUGAGCAUCUCGGCUGCCAUCCUGGAGAUCCUCAAUGCUUGGGAGAAUGGUGUCCUCACCUUUGAGUCCAUCCAGAAAAUCACUGACAACAUCAAGGGGAAGGUGUGCAGCAUGGCAGUGUGUGCAGUGGCCUGGCUGGUGGCCCACGUCCGCAUGCUGGGCCUGGAUGAGCGAGAGAAGUCUCUGCAGAUGAUCCGGCAGCUGGCCACCCCCCUGUACAGCGAGAACACGCUGCAGUUCUACAACGAACGCGUGGUGAUCAUGAGCUCCAUCCUGGAGCACAUGUGCGCGGACGUCCUCCAGCAGACAGCCACGCAGAUCAAGUUCCCCUGCACGGGCAUGGACACCAUUCCCUACUGGAACCUGCUGCCCCCCAAGAAGCCCAUCAAGGAGGUUCUGACCAGUGUCUUCACCAAGGUGCUGGAGAAGGGCUGGGUCGACAGCGAGCUGCUCUAUGCCAUCUUCUGCCUGGACAUGCAGCAGCUGACGCUCACCCUGCUGGGUCACAUCCUGCCCAACCUGCUCACGGAUUCCUCCAAGUGGCACACGCUCAUGGACCCGCCAGGAAAGGCUUUGGCCAAGCUCGCUGUCUGGUGUGCCCUGAGCUCCUACUCCUCCCACAACAAGGGCCAGGCGUCUGCCAGGCAGAAGAAAAGGCACCGAGAGGAUAUUGAGGAUUACAUCAGCCUGUUUCCGCUGGACGACACGCAGCCUUCCAAGCUCAUGCGCCUGCUGAGCUCCAACGAGGAAGACUCCAACACCCUCUCCAGCCCCAAUCGCUCCAUGAGCAGCUCGCUCUCCGCCUCCCAGCUCCACACGGUCAGCAUGAGGGACCCACUCAACAGGGUGCUAGCAAACCUCUUCCUGCUCAUCUCUUCCAUCCUGGGGGCCAAGACAGCCGGCACCCACACCCAGUUUGUCCAGUGGUUCAUGGAGGAGUGUGUGGACUGCCUGGAGCAGGGCAGCCGUGGCAGCAUCCUCCAGUUCAUGCCCUUCACCAUGGUUUCAGAGCUGGUGAAAGUAUCCACCAUGUCCAGUCCCAGAAUUGUCUUGGCCAUCACCGAUCUCAGCCUGACCCUGGGCCGCCGUGUCGCUGCCAAGGCCAUUGCUGCGCUGUGAUGAGCGGGGCCGUUCC